AUGAGCCAGCGAAGUUCGGCUCAGUCAGCCCAAAAAAUGCCUACUACAACCAAUACCACAACUAGGGCCACCGUUGGCUCCAACAUCUACCUGGACAACAUCAACAACAACACAAACGCGGCCCCUGUUCUUCCCCCCUACCUUCGCACCAGCCAGUCCCCGUUGAACGCUUUCCCAUUUUCUCCCAGCAACGCCUUCCCCUCGGCCAUCGGAACAGGCAUCCCAAAGGAGAGAGCAGGCGCGACAAAGAUGUCCUUAGACAGUGCCGAAAUCAUGGACUUUGUUACCCGAUAUCAGACGUUGCAGGGCUACCAAAAUGCCAACGACCAGUUGAUUAAGGGCCUCUAUGGCGAGGAAAACCAGAUGCUCAAGCAGGAGCUCCGCAAUGCAAAACUCGACCUCGAACAUGCCACGUCCUCCAGGAGAGAGAUGCAGCAGGCGCUGCAGGAGCUUGAUUACGAUAACAACUACAUCAAGAACCGCAAUCCCUACGUCUUGAUUAUGAUUGAUGGCGAUGGUCUCCUUUUCCAGGAAAACUUCAUCAGACAGGGCAUUGAAGGCGGCAAGCAGGCCGCCUAUGCCCUCCGAACUGCCGUUGCUGAGUACGUUGGCAGCCAGUCAGGAGAAGUUGAAAUUGUCGCCAAGGUUUGCGCCAACCUUUCGGGCCUCGGGCGUGCCAUGCGCAGAGAUGGCUGUUUGGCCAGCGAGUCUGAGCUCAAGGACUUUUCUUUGGGAUUUACCCAGGCCAAGGCCUCGUUUGAUUUCAUUGACGUCGGUCACGGUAAGGAACGUGCCGACUCGAAAAUCAAAGAGGCCACCCGCUGGCAUUUGCGGAACUAUAACUGCAGGCAGAUUUUGCUGGGUAUUUCUCAUGAUGCGGGCUAUGCCCCUUUCCUCGACGAGAUCCUUCAAGACGAGGAGAUCCGCUCGAAGGUCAGCAUUAUCGAGGGUAUCGCAACGGUCAGAGAGCUCAAAAACACCAACGUCCACAUUCUCGACCCACUGCCCAGCCUCUUCCGAAACCAAAAGCUCAUUGACCGAAGCGGCGAUCGCACUUCCGAGGCAGCCCAUCAUCACAAGCCACCGGCGGUGGUGACUACAUCGCCCCCCGUGAGCGUGGCCUCGCUGGCCACGUCGUCGGCGCCGACGACGGCCCCGUCAUCCUGGGCUGGCGUCACCGCCAAAGCGAGCCCCCCACCAGUUAUCACCACUCCUUUGGCCAACAAAACGAACAACAUUCCAGCUCGUCAGGCGCCACUUACGAAGCCGCAGACGCCCGCCUGGAACCCCGGCCAGCGUGGAAUCGAUCCCCCCAUUCCCAUCAACCAGGUGGCUCUUGAUAACAUCAAGAAGCGUACCGGCAGGGACAAGCUUUGCAAUAAUCACUACCUCCGCGGACCUUGCGCCAAGGGCGAUGAGUGCUGCUUCGAACACAAGUACAAGCCUAACCCCGACGAGAUUAACGCCAUUGCCCUUUUGACUCGUCUAAACCCCUGCACCAGCGGCCAGGACUGCGACGUAGACAAUUGUAUUUACGGACAUCACUGCCCCAGCGUCACGGGUAACACCUGCACGCAUCCCUAUUGUAAGUUUGGAGUUUCGGAUCACCCGCCUGGCACGAAGUUCAAGAACGCCAAAAUCCACGAGAAUGAAGAACACUCGAAGACCUCUUGA